AUGACAUCGAGAAGACAUAAGUUUUUUAAUGAAACAGAUUUAAAGAUAUACAUCAUAGGGGAUGAGGAUUCUGUAGUGGGAUUCUUACUAGCUGGCAUAGGCUUUCGGGAUGGGUUGGGAAAAAAAAAUUUCUUCAUCGUGAAUUCAAAAACAAACAAAACCGAAAUCGAGGAAGUGUUCAAGGAAUACACCUCAAAAAACGAUUGUGGAGUUUUAUUGAUGAAUCAGCAGAUUGCCGAUGAAAUUAGACACUUAGUUGACUUACAUGACAAAAUUCUACCAACUGUAUUGGAAAUUCCAUCAAAAGAUAAACCUUUUGAUCCCAAUAAAGAUUCUAUUAUUCAAAGGGUUAAGCUUUUUUUUGGGGGGGAUAUUUCACACUUAAAAUGA